AUGUCUGGAAUUGUUUACAUAGCAAUACUUUUAUUUGUGCUCGAAACAUUUAAUAGUAAUAAUUCAAAUGAAUCGAAAGAACCUGAUGCUGAAGAACCUGAAACUAAAGAAAUAAAAUCAUCUCCACCAAAGAAAAGAUUUAACCCGUUCCUACCCUUUAAAUUAUUAC